CCCUCUAAUAAGGCGCCUCAUCACCAGUUCGCUUGGAGACGGGAUAUUUUUUCCCAAUCAAAAGCAGUCGAUUUUCCGUCGCAGCAUCAUUGACAUAAGUGCGGGAUUAUAGGAUUGCCGCUGCUGGAUUCCUAUGCAGAAUAUGCUUUAAUGAAGCACGAUGGAUAACCUGCUCCAGUAACGCGCGCGUGAUUGAUGUGGAUGCUUCUGAAUGCGCUUUGCAGACGCAUCGCCUUAAAGUUUCAAUGCUGACAUAGAGCAGAAAAACAGCGGAGAGAAGACCUCAGUCUAAGGAACUGGAAAGGAUAGAUCAAAUGUCUUUUUCGGGACCUUUCGGCCUAUUGCUGAAUUUAUCUCUAGCCAGAUGGCCCCAAGAAAUGCGCGUAACAAUUUCUACAUUUUGGGCUCCAGUUGCGGGAAUGGCAACGCUGGAACCCAAGGCAUGUCGGAAUGGAUAGGCUUGUCCUUGUGCCGAAAAUGUGUUGACUUGGACGGAGUGUGGACCAAGUGUCUGAUAUCUGUUGGAAUUACAUUGCUCCUGGUGCCGUCCAUAUUUGCCAUAGACGAUGAAGCAAGACUCGAGGCAUCAGGACAACCCCUCAGUCCUUCCCAGGAUCCAACCGGAGCCCCAAACAUCACAGUCUCUUCGUCGCUGCUGGAGGAUGAAGACUUCGCCUCGCUGUACAACUCCCCACCAGCGAGGGCAGAAAGCACAAGGGAGCAGCCUGUGUUCGCCUCGGUGCAGACCCUGCAGGUUGCAGAGACACAGCCUCAGGCGCUGGUGCAUUCUCUGCCCUCCCCACCCGGCAACAGUGACAAUCGCACCAAUCAAAAGUCCGCUGGGGAGCAGGGCGUCAGAGUGCCAAAUCCACCGUCCCCGGCACAUAAAAUCAACAGUGUCUUGACCACUAGCUCAGACGAGACUCUUAGUGAAUUCCCCAGAAACCCUGAUCUUCCCACCGCCCCGGGAUCCUCUUUCAUGAUUGUGGCAGAGACAGAUGCUACACUCACUGACAAUGUGACAAAUUCGGUCUCCUUUUCCGCUUUUAACGGCACUUCUGAAAGGGCUGAAAACGCUUCGUCCGGCUCUUCAGCAAGCAGCAACUCCCACACUGUGACCAGCGACACUCUCCAACUCACCACAGUGACCACCACGACUGUCACGCCCUUAACUGUGACAUCAAUGACUGUGACUCCGCCCACUGCCAUCGUCGUGGUGAAAGAGGUCACGACCACAAUGCCGACCACUACAGCCACCCAGACCACAACAACCGAGACGGAACCACCGACGACAACCACCACUACCACUACAACUACCACCACCACAACAACCACAAAAACACCUACAACCACUUUAGCAACCACAACAACGACAACCCCUCUUCAGACCACUGUUGUAUCUACCUCUGGAAGUACCACGACUGAAGCGAGCACCCCUCCUACUGACAGUUCACCUUUGACCUGUAACGUGACCGAAAGAUUAUGGGUGAAAACAGUGUUGUCCAUCCAGAUGCGACGAAAUCGCCUAGAAGCUGAAAUGAGACAGAACCUGUCUAAAGGUUUCACACAGGCAUUUCAGAGAGCAUUCAAUGACAGCAACGUCCGUGUUCAGUUGGAAAAAGAUAUCUGCACGCCUUCUAAUGUGACUGUGGGCUACUACGUCUUGAGAGGGAAGUCCGUGUUGGUGGCCUCUGUUGUGAUGGACACAUUAACUUCCUAUGGUUUCAACAAGCUAUUGAAUGACAUCAGAGAGUAUGUUCCUGUGGUGUUGGCCAUCCCCAAUCCUGUGGCCCCCUGGCUGCCCAGCCUCGGCAUCCACCUGCAGCUCAAAACGGUUCUCAGGUUUGUCGGAUCAACCGAUGACAUCAAGUCUUGCGGGUUCAUCCAAAUGAUGGAGCAACGAUUGGAAAAUGUGUUUGCUGAGGCGCAGGAGAAAGUGGAGGACUCUUAUGGGACUCUUUCUGUUGAGAUUCUGAACACGUAUCAAACGGGGAAUUCUUUGGCAGUCACUUUGGUGUAUGUGGUGUGGAACGGUAGCACUCCGUUGAGCGGUACUAUGUCCAGCGGUCUCCUUAACCAGCUCACUUCCGAGCUGGUGGGCUACUUUCUCUUCUUCCCCCCUCUGAUCAACGCUGAGCCUCUAGAGUACCACAACCUUAACACUUCAGUAGCAACCCGAGAUUACUGGGUAAUCACAGUAAUUCAGGACGUUGACAGCUCUUCUCUUGAGGGGAGUUAUCAGAGCUUUGCUAGUCUAAUGGAGCAGCGCCUGGCGGAGCUCUUUCUGGUUGCCAGUCGACGUGGCCUUCGCUUCAGGAGAGCCACGACUGUAGGCGAUUACACUGUCCAGAUGGUCAGCAUCCGACGACUGUCUGGUCCUAAGAACCCAGCUGAAAUGACCUACUACAUACAAGUAGAUGGCUCUCCCAUAACUGGCACUGCUGCAGCUAAGACCCUCAACACGGUGGACUCUCAAACCAUGGCUCUCUCUCUGGGCUACUUCGUCCAAGUUCAAGCAGAGCCGGUGGUGAAGAAUCUGCCUAGUAACCUCUGGAUACUGGCGGUCCUGAUACCUGUAUCGCUGGUGAUGGUUGUGGUGAUUAUGGCGGUUGCUAUCAUAUGCAGGAGAAACCGAACUGUAUUCAAAACCAGUGCAUUUCGCAAUUUUCAUCCCCGCACGAAGACCUCAUAUCGAAGAGAUGGGAGUUAUCACCACCAGGUAUUUCUGGCUUGUGCUUGCAAACUAACCAUUGCCUCUGUUGCCAUGGCUACCUGCAGCAGGUUGCCAAGCAAGGACGGCUCUGUUUCGAGCAACGAAUCUGGGAAGCUGAACACGGGCAGAAGCUCCACAGCUCGGAGAUCAACAGUACAGAAAGCACCCAAAGAAGAGCAACACACAAGAAAUGACCAUUAUGACUCUCUAACUGGCUCUCUACGCCUCAUCACCAUCAAGCCUAUGGCUGCCCCACUCAACUAUUCCUAUCCUGACUCCUCCAAUCACAGCCAAGACUCUGUCAUCCUGAACGGAGAGGUCAACAUGGGGCUGAAGCAGAAGUCGGACAUCGAGCAUUACCGGAAUAAGCUGAGGUUAAAAGCUAAAAGGAAAGGUUACAGUGACGGGCCAGUCACUAGCAGCAGCGGGAGCGGCAGCGGACACAUGUACAGCCAUCGAGACCGGCUGAGGUGUGAGAAUGCUUCUCUGGACCUGGAAGAUCUGAGGGGGCCGAAGGAGGACAGGAAACCCUCCACUUACGUAAAGUACCGCAGGAGUGACUCCCACAGGGAACCUGCAUAUUGGAGCAGGCAGUCUCUGAACACCCCGAGCCCUGUAGAGACAGAGAUGGACAUGCUGGUCAUGAGGGAGAGAUCUGGGAGGGGCAUCCGCAACAGCGGCUACGAUGGUGAGCCCGAGGCAUUUGAAGAGACGGAUGUGGACCAUCUUCUGAGUUCCUUGGGUUUCGGCGGUGGUCACCAGGUCAAAGGUCACUCGGACUCGUCCACCUUGAGCUCGCAGCCCUCCAUCAAUGAAGUGAGGCAGCAGAUGCACCUCCUCUUGGACAACGCCUUUGGUUUGGCCUCUGCCAAGCCAAACCCGGGCAACCACCACCACCAUCACCACCACCCUCACAGUCCGUACAACCCCAGCCAUGGUAGCCCUUACCUGGAUGGAGUUACCAGCGCACCUGGGACUAUGAACCACCCCAGUGGAGCUCUACAGCGCGGCUCCUCCUUUGGGCCGGAUAUGCACCAGUGUAGCCUCCCCAAACCAGGAUUCAGGUUUACCCAGCUGCCUGAUAUGGGUUUGGGUUCCCCGCCACCCCUCAUUCCUCCAAGAGCCCCACCUGGAACUUCACUAAGAGGCUCCACACCAGACAUGAGUCUGAAGCCUGGUGUGUCUGAGGCCUCAGAGAUGAGUCAGCACAAUGGCACCCCCUACCUGCCAAUCAACCGAGCUCCUUUCCCUGCUGUUACCGUCGACGAGUCUAUGACAAGCUACUCAGGAAACCCAAUGACAGCAGUAUAUGCCAUAUCUGCCAACCGCCCCGGCUACUCGGACUACUUCGUCCUGUCUCCACCGUCCUCCUACCGGAGCCCGUCUUGGAUGUCCUACCCUCCAGAGCCAGAGGACCUUCCACGUCAGUGGAAUGACACGGUAAAGAACCAGUGUCACCUGGAGACCAUCUGCUGAAUUGGAGUCCUUUCUGAUGCUGAGCAGACACUGAAAUUUACCAGGGGUUUGAACCACCAAAAAGAAUCGUCGUCUACUCUGAAAUUUCAGAUUCAGCAGCCCCAACUGACCAUGACGCUCGGCCGAAUGGCCAACCAGACCCACAAGCCACAAACUCACCUGCCAGCCUAAGCGAGAUGCAGCACCCGUUAUUAAUCAACAUCUACAGUGAGGGUAAAUCACCAAACAACCACGCUGAACAAACAACAGGUUGCCUCACUGGUCAAAACUGUGUUUUCUUAAAGCUUUUUCAAAUUUAGAAGUGUUGUAUCUAAUGCAGGUGGUUUUACGUGUGUUUUAAACACCCAAGUUACUAAUAACGAAAAACUAAAACAUUUUUUUUUCCAUCUUGGGCUUUCCUUGCUUCAUCGAUGCCUAUCUGUGUCUUUUGCUCUCAUUCAUGCAGUUUUUAAAGAAACUGAUAUUACUGUAGGCAUUUUGCAGGUGAUUCUUUUCGUGCACUCCGUACAGCUUAAGUAAAAAAGUGAAGAUGACGAUGAAGGAUGUAAAAGAAAUCAAACAUUUGGAGGGAUGUGAGAUCCUGUACUGUAUUUACCGUAGUCACAAUGGGGGGGAAAUAGUAUACGCUUUUU